AUGACCAGUCCAACUCGAUCAGCAUUUUCACCAACAUCAUCUCGACUCACAAAUUUUGUUCCGGAUCUCGCUAUGCUCACCUCCCGAUCGCUUCCCAAUGGACACGGCUUAGAAACCAGUAUACAUUCACUUCAAAAUGAACAAGAACGUGUACAAAAGAAGACAUUUACCAAAUGGAUUAAUAUUUACUUAUCAUUACAUGAACCGCCCUACUUUAUAAAAGAUCUUUAUGAAGAUAUUAAAGAUGGAACGAAACUUAUUGCUCUUCUAGAAGCUCUUUCUGGACAGACAUUACCCAUGGAGCGAGGAAGGAAACGAGCGCAUUUUAUGAGUAAUGUCAGUAAUGCAUUGCAAUUUCUCGAACUUCGAAAGAUCAAAUUAGUCAACAUCCGACCGCUUGAUAUUGUUGAUGGAAAUCCAACGAUCGUCUUAGGAUUAAUUUGGACGUUGAUUCUCUAUUUUCAGAUCCAAGAAACGUAUGUGAUUGACGACGAUUCGAAAGAUGCUCGUAACAAAGCGAAAGAUAAUCUCCUCGAAUGGGUUCGAAAGAAGAUUUCCGAUUUUUCAUCCUCAUCCGAACUGUUACGAAAAAUCGAUGGGUUAGAUAUACGAGAUUUUACAACGAGUUGGCGUGAUGGUCUUGCAUUCAAUGUGUUAAUCCAUGCUAUACGACCGGAUUUAAUUGAUGUUCAUCGUGUCAAACGAAUGGAUGUCCGUGAACGAUUAGAAAAUGCAUUUGAUGUUGCCGAGCAACAUUUAGGUGUGCCACGGUUGAUUGAUGCCGAAGAUGUUGAUGUAACUAAACCAGACGAAAAAUCGAUUAUGACCUAUAUUGCUCAAUUUUCUCGUCGAUUCCCUGACUUGCCUUUCGGAUCAAUAAACAAAGAACAUGGUGAACUUCUUCGCUGGUUAGCAGGCACUCGACAACGUUUGUCGCAAGUUAUUCAAGUACCUAUCACAGACAUUCGAACGGAAUAUAAAGAGUAUGUUAAAGAAGUGAAAGAAUUUGAUGAAAAGCAAAAGCAAUGCAAGGCCUUCGAACGCAAAGAAUCCAAAUCUCCACAUUUUCCCGGUGAAAAAUUGAAAGAAUUAAAAUAUUUAUUCGACGACGUCGCUGACAGAAUGAGUCGAUGGAGAAAGAAGUUAGAUGCCAACCUGCCAGGUGAUCUUCGACAUAUAGCAGAAUGGAUCAAUCGAGCAGAGGAAGUUCUAGCACAUGGCAUCAACAUUAACCCAUCGGAAUUAACACCCGAAGAGAAUCUCCAACGCUUCACUCAAUUUCAUCAAGAGCAUAUCUCGGUUUUUGCGGAUAAAGAUGCGACUGCAGCAAAAUUUCAUCGUUUAAAACGUGAUCCAUCGAUUGUCAACAAACAAGUUGCUGUUGAACAUCUAACAAAUCUCGAUGAACGUCUUAAUAUAAUUAUGAAUAGCAGUGAAGAACGCGGUCGUUAUUUAGAUUUCGAACAAACGCAUUGGAAGAUUCAAAUUUAUUUCAUUCAAUUAGAGCAUCUAAUGAAAUAUUUAAAUAAAAAACAGGGUGAUUUUAACCAAACAGAGCAAUUAUCCAAUGAAUAUAAACGGAAGAUUUUUGAUGAAAAACUCAUAACAAUAAUCGAAAAUCUCGUUGGAGAGUUAACUCAUAAAGCACAAUGCUACAGUCAGUUGACCAAGAAAGACGAUCGAACAGCGAAGGAAUUUCAUGCUUAUUCUGAUAACAUUCGGAAGACGCUGAAAAGCGCAGUGGUAGAUUUGAAAACGAAAGAACAUUUAUUACAAGAAACCUUAGACAAUUGGAAAGUCUAUCAGAAUUCGUAUGAACAAUUAAAAGUAUGGUUAAACGAAGGUGAACAAAUUCUUCAACGUUCGUCGGACGAGAAACUUACUUAUUUUGCAAAUUUCAAUCGAUGGAGUCAAACUCAUGAACAGCUACAUAAAGCUAUCGAAUAUCUUAUGUCCGUGUGUGAUAAUGAGAUUGCCGCGAAUCUACGCAAUAAAUUGUUGUUCAUCAACCGACGUUGGAAGGAUAUUUGUGAUUUAGUUGAAGAACUAGAACGUGAUCAGACGAUGCAGAAGAAACGAGAAGAAUUCUUAGCAACUCGUGCGAGUAUCUUAGACGCAUUAGAAACAAUUGACAGGGAAUUACAACAUCAUCCUGAGUGUACAAUAAAAGCGUUAAAAGAACAGGAAAAUCGUCUCUAUAAAGUUCAAUCGGGUAUCGACGCGUUCAAUGAAAACAUUCAAAGUUUAGUUCAAUUGAGUCAAUCGCUCGGACACGAUGGUACUAAUGGACAUUUACAAACAUGUUAUGACAAAUUACAGCAAAUGCAAGACAAAUUACCAUUGAUACUGAAACGAAACAAAACUAUGCUGGGUUAUUUGCAUAAGUUCGAAGAUGGACUACCGAAAUGUUGUCAAUGGUUUAACGAUGCGAAACAACUGAUGAACCGAUAUUCGAUUCAAGUUCCAGUCAAACGAGUGGAAGAGUUCCUCGAUCAACAUCGUAAUUUCUUCGCGGAGAUUGGAUACUAUCAAUCGUUAAUUGAAAACAAAGCGAAAUUGAUCAUUACAAUGAAGAAAUUCAAUGAAAGUUAUCCUUCGUUGGAUUUCUCUUCAAUCGAUGAACAGUAUCGCUACUUAUCUGAAACAUUUCAACAAAUCAACCAACAAGCUUCGUAUUGGGAAAGCGAAUUCAGUCAACAUUCGCUAUUAUGGAAGAAUUUCCAUCAACGUUUGAAGCAUUUACAAGAUUGGAUCGAUCAAGCACAAGCGAUUGUCAACGAAAAGCAAGACAAUUUCGAUUAUUUGAUUCGCAAACAUAAAGAUUUCUUUCAAAUCAUCGACGACAAAAUUCUGCAUGGUUUCACUCAAUCCGGCCGGGAAUUGCUACACAUUCGAGAUCAAACUGAACAAAAGGAAAUUCAAUAUCUAAUCGAUACUCUAGAAUUGAAAUGGAAGACCAUCGUUUGCUAUGCACCGAUUCGUUUACUACGAUUGAAAUUCGAACGAAUGGAAAGCAUCAUUGUGAAGGAAUUAGAACACGCAGAAAACGAGCUGAAUCAUGAAUUAAAACAAUUGGAACAUCAACAAGACAUCAGCGAGAUUCUCCGACGACAUAAUGAACAUUUUCAAUUGAAUAACUUCCAUCCGACAAUGGAAAUUCAUAUGAGAGAUUUACAUACAUUCGCGAAUGAUAUUCGUACAACUGAACAGAAUCAGACAUUAGUUACGCAUGAGAAUGAACAGAUUAAUCAACGAACGAUCAAAUUAAAGAACUAUUGGAUGCAUAUGCAAGCGAAGAUUGAUAAUGUGAAACGAAAACUUCAGACAAUACCGAGGAAAUGGCAAGAAUUCGAAGAGAAAUUUCAUCACGUCGAAACAUGGAUGACAACCAUUGAACGAUCGAUGAUCGAUACGCAAAACGUCGAUAUACCUUUCGAACAAUAUAAAUCCAUCGUAAAUAAAUUCAAGAACGAUGCUGAACAGAUGAGUAUCAUCUCCACCUACAUGAAAACCCUACCGUCUUUACUCGACGAGCUCAUUGAAGAACAAGCGACUGACGAACCCGUUCGUUACCGUCAACGUUUAGAUGCACUUCUAUCUCGCUACAAGCAAUUGUGUAUUUCCAUUGACGAAACAUCGAAAUACUGUUCGAUUAUCAUUCCAUCGAAGUUUAUCCAUGAAAAUAUCUUACAAAUCCAGACACAACUAGCACAGAUUGUGAACAUUUCACCCGUGUUUCAUAAUGCAUCGGAUGUACGAACGGCAUUUCAGCAUCAAACACUGACUUGUAAGAAUAUCGAAAGUUUCGUCGACGAGAUUGAUGAACUCGUACAACGUGGAAACGAAUUAAUUCGACAACCAAUGGUACCGAAAUACGUUCAACAUGAUGUACAGAUCAUACAAAAAAUUUACAAAGAGAAAAUCCAAUCCGCACAAGAUUUAUUAGAUAAACUGAAACGCUCGUUAGAUCUCUGGGAACGGUUCGAUGGUUACAAACGUCGUUAUCAACAGCAGAUUGAACGAAUAAACAGUGAAUUUUUACAAUGGAAUAAUAAGCGCAACUCAAUUCAACUAUUUUCUCAGGAAAUUGAAACUUCGAAACAAUUUCAAAAUUCCUAUGCGGAUCUGAGAUCUUCUCUGGAAGAAAUGCGACAAAUUCUGCAAAUAAUUACAACGGAUAAUUUCUUACCUUACGAAAAUGUGCAAAACUUAACACAUGAUUAUGAUCACAUGCAGGAUGAUUUGAAUGAGAAAUUGAGAUUCAUGGAAGAUGUUUCACAAGAUUUAAUCAAUGAUCAAGACACAUGGACGAGAUUCAACGAUGAACUUGAGCGUUUAGAACGAGCUUUCAAAGAAAUCGAUCUGCUAUUCGAAUCUCAAAUGGCUGGUAAUCGAUCGUUGGAAGAGAAACAACGACUAUUAGAGCGUAUUCGACCUGAUCUUGCUGCGAAUUUGCAUAGUUUAUCGAUUUUGUAUUCGGAUGGAUCUCAUAUUCAAUCGCUUCGAUCUCGACCGAAAGAUUUCCAAAACGUUCUGAACCGUCUCGGUCAACUACGUACAUAUGCGGACACCACAUCGAGUAAAAUCAAUCGCGAAGAAGUUCAAUUGUCCGAAUGUCGGACAUUUCUGAAGACAUCUCAACGCUAUGUCGAUCAACUACAACCAUGGAUUGAACAAGGAGAAAGUUAUUUGAAGAAAUGUUUCGAUCAAACUGGUUCAGCAAGUAUAGAUGAAGCUAAGCAAUGUUUAAAUAAGCAUAAAGAAUUUCUCGACGAACGUAGGCGAAUGUCAGUCAUAUAUGAUAAUUUACUGGAAGAAGAACCGAAUGUUCCUGAACUAAAAUCUACCAUUAAAUCUCUGUCUUCACGCUGGAUAGAACUCAAUCGCAAGUCCAGUGAUUUGACAUCGAAAUAUGAAUCUCAAUAUCGUUCAUGGAUAUUGUACGAAUCCGAAUUGAACGCCUUUCGUAAUCAAGUUCUCUCCGACUUUGAACAUCGAAUUCAGCAAACUGUGCCCGUUGACAUCAAUGAGGUUCUUGAUCUCAACCGAAUCCAUACGUUCAUGAACGACCUUCGACUGCUUGAAGAAAAUCUCCGUCAACGUACGACAAAUUACGAUCGUUUAUAUACGCAAAUGAAUGAUGUAAGACAAUACUGUUCAUCGGAAGGUCAACAAGCAGUUAAUGAAGAACAAAUAGCGAUUGACACACGAUGGAAGCAACUUCAGCGAAUGAUUACUGAUAAACUGCAUGAAACCGAACGUUUAUACGAAUGUCGUAAAUCGUUUCAUGAUCGCUUUCAAACAUUCGAGGAAAAGAUACGCGAAAUCACCAAUCAGAUUGAUAAUCAUGCGCAGAUUCAAACGUCGACAUGGAAUCAAAGCUUUCAAGAUUUACAGCGUAUUCAAGGCGAACUCAAAUCCAUUCAACCACUGUUAUCUUCGGUUGGACAUGAACUAGCUGAACUUGAAGUAGCGGGCUUGCCUAAAACUGAAUUGCAAACGGUGCAAACGACGUACGAAGCGCAUCGGCAACGAUUAACAUCUUAUGGACUUAUUUUACAAAAACGUCUUGAUUUAUUGGCACGUUUUGACGAACAUUUGAAACGAUUGAAUGAAGUUCGAAUGAAAUUUCAAGAAAUCGAUGAGAAUUUACAACAAAAACUUCAGCUGAAACUGCCGGAGAUCGAUGCAAUAAAAACUCAAAUUGGAAAGCAUACAAAUGAGUUACGUGCAAUUCAAUCAGAAAGCAGUGUGCUCGAUCGUUUGAUGGAAGAGAGUAGUAGUACAAUCAUCGACUCGAAUACCAAUCGAACGAUCUUCUUCACAGUCGAGAGUCGAAGUAUCCAAAACCUUGUUGAUAUGAUUGAAAAUAAGUUGAAAGGUGAAAUGUCGAGUGGAAAGAAGAAGAUGUUUGAUCGAUCACGCCGACGCCUUGCACAACGACGUAUCCAAACACAAGAAAUCAAUCAAUUAGUCGAAGAUUUCACCACUGCACAUGCAGAUCUACUUCAACGUAUCAAUACAUUAACAGAUAAUCUCCGUGCAGCUCGUCUCGCUGGUUAUUCCAUUCGUGAUAUCGAAGAUCUUAUGAAUGUCAUCAAACGUUUACAGGAUGAAAUCGAACAUGAACUUGAUCCGUUGUUCAAACAAUUGAUACAAAAGUCUGUGAAUUUGACUGUUGAACAAGAGGAUCUGAUUCAAAAGACGCAGAUUGAAUGGGAAAAAUUGAAUGUGGAAACCAAUGAACGACUCUAUGUUCUCCAACGUGCACAUACGCUGUACAAUGAAAUUGAGGUACUGAAGAAACGAAUGGAUAAGAUCAUCGAGCAUGUCGAAAUGGUUUUGAAUGAAACUAUUGCUAAUUCUCAAACAUUACACGAAGCCAAAAGUCAUUUGAAUACAUUGAAACAAAUUGAGCUAGAUCAACAUAAAAGUGCGGAACAUGAUAUGAUGAUAUGUCAGAAACGUCGGGAUGAAUUCAUUAGUAUAUUAAUAACAUGGUACGAAAUGGAUUGGUCUGAAUAUUUCAAUCUAGCCGAACUUUCAACCCAAAUUCAAGAUACAUUCGAAGUGAAUUUACGUGAACAUAUCGAACGUACAGAAACUACUUGCAACCAUUUACAAGUCGUGGACCAAUUGCAAACUGAAAUUAACAUCAAAAUUCAUGCAUUGGAUGAACUUGCAUCGAGACUGACGGAUAAUAUCGACCAAGAUCGUUUUCUUGCCAUCGUUCAGAUCCAACGACCGACGCUAACAGAUCUACUGACGCAAUUCGACGAACAGUUAAUCGAUAUGAAGGAGAAUUGCAAUGAAUUCAGAUUUAGUGAAUUAGAUCAAUAUCGUGAACAUGUUUCUCAACGUGUUCGAACCUUUGAUGAGCAGAUCAAUGAAUUUAUGGAAAAGGAACGUCAUAUUCAAGAUGAAUGUACGAAGCUGUUACGCGAUAUCGAAUUGCACAAUCCAUUUUUACUCAAACUAAUCGAAGAAUUCGAAACUUGUGAAAUGAUUUUUAAUGAAAUAGACUCCAUGGAUAACUUCGUUAAACUUCAUCAACAAAUCAAACAAAUUCAAAGCGAACUUGCGACAUUUCACACCGCUAAACUUCUGCCACUGAGUCAAACUAUCGAAGAAUACACAAAUCAUCAUCUACGAGAUGAAAGUACCCAACUAAGUACCGAAUUAAUGAAUAUCAGCAAUCGUUAUCGAAUAUUAACACAAGAUUUCAGUCGUUUGCUGGAACGUAUCGACGAGCGCAUUGAAUGCGAAACGAAUAAUUCAAUUGAAAGUUAUAGGCAAUUUAUUGAAAACCUACGAGUGAAGUUAACUCGAGUGCGCGAUGAUUCUCGUCUAACGAUCGAUGUUAAACAACGAUUGAUCAAUGAAAUUGCGCAAUCGUUAACGAAUGCUCGCGUUUAUGUUUAUCAAACCAUCGAAGAAAUCAAAUUGACGCGAAAUUUCUUAAAUAAUGAGUAUCAUAGUAGCGAAAUCGAUGACGAAUGUCAAGCAAUUGAUGAUGAAUGGACUGAAUUUCUAAGUGACUUCGACGAUCAAAAGCAACAAAUUAGUCAAGUCGAAGGAGAUAUAGAAAAAUAUCACGUGCAAAUCAAUGAAAUGCAACAAUCUCUACGCGACCAAGAGAAUGCAUUUCAGUUAAUGAUUGCGAAUCAAUCAAGCUUAAGUUUAAAAACUGACAAACUCGAGCAAAUCAAAAUUUUAAUUCAAAAUCUCCACACACAUAUCGAUCUAAAACAAGAAUUCAAACAACUAGAAAGUAAAGUAUCGAUCAUUUCAUUGAUUCAAAACUACAAUCAAUAUUUGGACAAACGACAACAACUACUUUCCAAUGCGCAAAAUGCAUUGUUCCAAGCAUCUGAAGCAGUUGAAUAUCACGAGAGAUUCGAAACAGUAUUACAUCAAUUUGAUCAAUGGAUAACAGAUGCGGAAAACCAAUUAGCGGAGCACACGUCGGCCACAGAAAUGCAAUCCGAUUAUGCGAUCAAUGAGCAUUAUAAAAGUGUUGAGGAUUUGAUCAAUGAAAAUCUCGAUGGCGAAAGUCUACUUUCGAGUCUAGAUGAUUGUUUCGAACAAGUGUUAAAAACUACAUCCAUCGAAGGACGUAUUCAAUUGAAAACUCUUGUAACCAAACAACAAACACGUUGGAUGAAUUAUAACAAUCAACAACAGGAUCUAAAACAAAUCUUGCAUCAUGUGAAAAUGGAUCGAAUGGAGUUUGAUGAAACAUUAAAUGAAAUACAUGAGUGGACUACAGAACAUCGAUAUAAACUCAAUGAGUUGACGAAUAACUUGAGUUUACGCGAUGAAAAUCGCAAACGUUUAUAUCAACUGAAAAGUAUCUUCAAUGAUAUUAAUGUCAAACAAACGUUAUUACAGAAAUUAAGGAGUAAAAUAGUUGAAAACGAUCGAUUAGAUCUAGUCGACGAACGACUUCAUGAAUUCGAAAAAGAACUCCAACAACGAACGAAUUUCUUAGAAGAAUUUCUUCAAAUACAGAUCUCAAUCGAAGAUACUAAACAAAUAACCAUGGAAAAACUCAAAUUUCUCAUGGAUCGUUUGUCGUUAUGUACAAAAACUGAUUGUGAUUUCGAUACACUCCAAAGUCGUCUACACAAAAUCGAAGAAUACAAAAACGAAUUAGAACUUCUGGAAAACGAUUUUCAGCAAAGUUAUGAUCAAUAUCAAUCCGUAAUUGAAAUCAAUUUACUUCCAAUGAUCCAACUGCACUAUCAGCAAAAUUUCGAGCAGAUGCAUUUGGUUAUCGAAACAGGCAAACAAACAAUCGAACGAGCUAUUUUAGAACUAAAGCAUCUCUGUGACAUCUGGAAUCAAUAUGAUAAACAUAAUCAAUCCUUCGUCACUUGGUUGAAUCAAACUGAAAGUCAAUUGAGUGAAUAUUUGACUCGAAAAAAUGAAAACGAACAAUAUACAAUCGAAUAUUUGCUUCAAUUGAGUGAAAAUAUUGCUGAUAAAGAUAAACAAUUAAAGAAAUUAGAAGAGUUGGAAGUAACACUUACAGAUUAUGAUUGGUCAAGACAAGCACAUAAUACAGCGAUUUUACGACAAAGAAUUAUUGUUCUACUUCGUCAGUGUGAAAGUCAACUUGAACGCGCCCAACAAUCAAUGAAUUUCAGUCAACAAUGGAAUAGUUUAUUGACGAGUGUACAACAGUCUUUUGAACAGUAUCGAAGACAAUUGGCGAAUAUUCGACAAGAACAAACUGUUCUCAUACACUUCGAUAUGAUUCAAAAAACUCAGCAAUAUCAAAAUGAAUGUGAACAACAUAUGAAACAAUUAGAGACAUUAGCAACUACUGGAUUUAUCUAUUCGAAUAGAAAAGAAUCAUACCGAGCGCAAUUAAGAUCGCUGAAAGUUGAGCUCAAUGAAUUGAAUGAACUAUUUUCGACGAUUCAACAAGAUCUAAGAACACGUUCUCAAGCGUGUGAACUUGUUCAAACAUGUAGCAACGAAAUUAAUCAUUUUCUCGAUUCAAUACAAUUAGAAUCCAAUGAGAAUGAUAUACUUUCAUCCAUAGCCAUUGAAGUCAUUCAUGAUCAAUUGCAUCAAUUCGAUAUGAAAUCUAAACGUUUACGUACAAUUGAUCCAUUCCUAAGCCAUUGUACAACGGAAUUAAUGCGUACGUUCGAAUCAAUGACCAAUCGAUUUCAAUCAACGCGGAAAGAUCUCGAAGCGUUAGUCUAUCGAUAUGAGUUAUUUUACACGAAACAACAGGAGUUCGAAACAUUAGUCACAGAUUUCGAACGACGCUCAAAUUAUUUAGCGGCAAGCUAUGAAACGAUUGAAAGUAUUCAUCGAGAUAGCCGAAGAGAAUUGGAUAUCAAAUUUGAUAAACAUCAACAACUAGUACAAGCAAUCGAGGAAUUGAACGAACAGAUGGGUAAUGCUCGGCGUAAACUUCAUGAAAGUGACCUGCACUGCUCUUUCCGUGAAUCCAUCGACAAUCGCUUGAAACAUUUGAAAGAGAAUUUGUCUAAUUUACAAGAAAAAGCUCAGAAGGCUAUCAAAUUCAUAUCAACACUGAAAUCGGAAUGUGAUCAAUUAAUCGACGAUGUGAAACAAAUGAAUGAUUGGUUGAAAUUAACUGAUCAACAAUUGAAUAAAUACCUGGUCGUUAAUUUGAGCACCGCAGAAGAAAAGAAGGAAGCAGCACAACGAAUUCUGGAUAAGUUAGAUGAAUUUAAUCUUCAAGAAGCAGCUCGUCAACAAAUGAAACAACGUUCCGAUGAGUUAUUCCAAACGAUUGAUGAUGUUCCAUUACAAGCGAAUCUCGAUGACCUCGAUCGAACAUUUUCGACAAUAAAACAACAAAUUCAACAUCGUUAUGAAAUCUUAAAUCGAGCGAGUCAGCACCACUCCGAAUAUGAUCUUCAUAUAUCCAAUCUCUUCGAAACUUUAUCAUUCCUUCAAACAAAUUUUGAAACUAUUCGACAGCAGGAAAAUCAUUCUGAUCUUCUCUCACAACUGAAAAAUUUCAAAACUGGACGUGAUCAUUUCGAAGAAGAAAUCCGUCGAGUCACUUACACACACGAGCAAGUUCUCGCGGAAACAUCAAUUGAAGGUACCGAACAGCUCAAAUUGAGAUUCAAACAACUCCAAACGAAAUGGAAAAUGUUUUCAACUGACAUCCAAUCAUUCGAGGAUAAACUAGCGCAAGCAAAUGAAGAACAACGCUUAGUUCUCAAUGAACAAGCCACAAUCGAACAAACGUUGAAUACCAUCCAACAACAGUUACAAAGUUUCGAUCAACAAUUUUCCCAUGAUAAUUUCACUCGGGAACGCUUGCAACAAAUGGCGACUAUCUUAACAAAUGUCGAAAAAUUUCACUUACAUUUACUAUCUCCAUCAUCAUCAACAGAUUCAGCAAUUCUCGAACGCGCCCAACAUCUAUCAUCUUUUCAUCAACAAUUGAAACUUACAGCUGAACAAAAGAUCUUCGAGUUGAAUCGAAAUGAAAAAUAUUCCAAUGAAAUUCUUUCCUAUCAACAAACGUUGCAGAAUCUAACUGAGACUUGUUCGGUACGCUUGCGAACAUUCCGAAAUGAACCGUCGAAAAAUGAGGUUUAUAUCAAACGAGCAAUAGGCGCGUUGGAGGACUAUCGAACACGUCUCAAUGAUUUAAUUGAGAAAUGCAAAGAUCUGAAAAAUGAAAUAUACAAUGAAUGUCUUCCGAGAGAUUUAAUAGAGAUCAUGAACGAUAGAAUCCAUCGACUUAUGACUAACGGAGAAGAAUAUUUAACAAAUCUGGCUGAAACCGAAACGGCAUGUUGCCGGUUGAAAGAUCUGAUUGAUGAAGAAAGACGUUCAAUUGAGAAUGCCCAACAGAAUUUGCUAACAAUUGAAGAGAACAUCGAUGGAUUUGUAUUGAAAUAUUCCAUCGAAGAAAAAGUUAGUCAGAAAGAAGAGCUAACGAAACUACAAAACCAAUGUUUCGAAUGUCAGCAACAACUAUCACAGAUCACCGAUCAUCUCAUUGAAAAUCAAAUAGACGAUGGUGAACUCUCCAUGAGCAUUAGCGAAAGAAAACGAAAAUGUGACGAACUUCUGAAAGAUUUACAACAUCUUCUUCGUUCAUGUGAUGAAAUCAUAACAAAACAAACGACGUUCGAUGAAACAUACCACGAUGUUCGCAAGUCUCUCGAAAGCCUGCACGAAAAGUAUCAAAGCAGUUUAGAAGGUGAUAGCGGUGUCGCGGAAUUAAGUGCACUUCUAUCCGAAUGCGAUUCAUUGCGUGAUCGAGUCGAUUUUAUGACAUCAUCUUAUAAUACAAUUGAUAUACAAUUGCGUACACGUCGUUCGACAGCAGUAUUCCAAAUGGAUUCAACGGUGGAGAAUCAAUCGAUGAAGACGAUGUUACAACACACGAAAGAAGAAUUCAAUCGUCUGGAACAAAUUUUACGUUCAUCAAAACAAACUAUCGAAUCCAAACAACAACGUCUGUUGACCCUGAAUAAACAAUUGAAUGAUCUCGAACAUGAAUAUCAAUUAACAACAACAAAAUUACCUGAUAAAGAACAAUGCAUCAAAGAUGAUCAAUAUGAAUACAAAGAUGAAGUUCAACGAAGACGAUUAAUCAUCCAAGAUAUCGAACCCAAACAAAACCGCUUACAAAUUAUCGCUACUGAAGCGAAUGACUUGAAUGAUUUACAAUUAGUCACCAAUGCCAAACAUCUUCUCGAGCUAUUCACUCAUCUGAGUGAAGAUCUUUCGAUGUAUAUCGACGAAAGUGAACGUCGGUAUCAAAUGCUACAAAAGUUUUCCAACGACUGCUCAACACUUCAACAAUGUCUUCAGACUAUUCAAAAUCAACUAUCACCCAUCUCCGAUACCUAUGGUGAUAAACAAAUCCUUGAAGAUAAAUUGAGUAAACUAAUCGAAGUUAAAACAAAUUAUGAAGAAUUAGCCAAUACAUUGGAAAAUAUCGAAGAGAUGACCAACGAGAUGUUGACCAUCGUUGGGCCAAAUGGUCAAUUAUCUGUGCGCCGUGAAUGGGAACGUAUUCAAACGAAAUCACAACAUAUCAAUUCUGCUCUUACCAAAGUGGAGAAUCAAUUACGAAAUUGUAUUACUGACUGGACAUCGUAUGUCGAAGAGAAUACCCGAAUGUUCAGUCGACUUGAUGAAUUCGAAUCCAGAAUGAAGCUUGUUAACACACGAGUAGAAGACGAUGGGCAAACGUCAUUGGAGACUUUACGAAAUAUGAAAAAUGAGUUGGAUUCACUUGAAACUGAUUACAACAACCUCUAUCGUUUCGUCAGUGACUUGUCUCAACGAACUCAAGAAACGAAUCCACUUGAAGAUCUACAACAAUUGCAAAUAUUUGUACAACGAUUGAAGAUUCAAUUGAAAGAUCUUCUAUGUCAAGUCGCAGAUAAUCAAACCAAAUAUUCUUCUUACGCUCAACAAGUGAAUACCUAUAAUCAAUCGAUCGAUCAUUUUCAAGUACUUCUCCAGCAAAUUAUUGUCACUAUCGAUGAAUGGAAAGAGGAUAAUCAAACAAUAUCGAUUGAAGUUGUUCAAAAUACAUUGAAUAGUUUACAAGGUUUACUUCACAAUCAAGCAACUAUUCAACGGCAAGCUAAUCUGUUGCAUGAACUGACAGAAACUCUGGUAGAUUCAGCAAUGCAUCCGGAUGCCUUUCGACGAAUCUAUGAAACAAUGAUCCAACGACAAACUGAUCUCUUUCAACAAGCGAAUAUCACGGAACAUCAAUUGGAUCAUAUCUUUCAACACAUCAACGAAUUGAAGAAGAGCAAAGUGAACAUUUCUGAAUCUCAUUCGAACAUCGAGCGAAAAUUGAGAGAUAUCAAUAAUUUGAUUUCAACAAUCAACAUCGAGGAAAAACACGAACGAUUGAUACUCUCCCAAGCCAUUGUGGAAACUUUAAACGAAACCGAAGCUCACCUAACAGACUUUUCCCGUAUGAUCGAUGAUUUACAGCCAAACAUCAUCGACUUUUCCAACGAACUGCAACAGAUCCAAGCCAAACAAGAACAACUGCUUCACGACGCGAAAACCCUCGAAAGCCAAUCCCGAUCCGAAUACAAUUCUUUGAAACAAUGGCUUGAGAUUCAACAACAACUGGAACGCAUCAUUACGAAACUAACGAAAGAUUUCGAACAAUCAAUAAACUAUCACUCCCUACAACAAUUACAAGACUUAACUGAACACUUAACAUCACACUUGAACAAACAAGAACAGAUGGAAAAGCUUUUCCAACAAGCCAAACAACACAUCGAAGGUUUAGAUCAGUCAAGUUCAUACAACACAUUUCGUACUCUUGAACAAUACCAAUCCCGAUGGCAAAAUCUUUGCGAACGAAUCACUAGCAAACUCGAUAAAAUGCAAGGAAUUUGUCAACAAGCAACGGAACUUAUUCAUGAUUGUGAAAUCAAUCUGAAGAAAUGCAUUGAAUUUCUGGUGGUAUUAACUGAUAUUCAAAACGAUUCCACACGAUCAUCAAAUGAAAAACUUACCCAACUGAAAACUGAAUACACAUCAAUUUAUACAUCGCUAACAUUAAUAAUCGAAAAAAAUCUCUCCUCUGCUAGAGAUUUACACACAAUUUUAACAACAGAAACUCAAAUACGACAUAUAAUCGAACAGUUGAUUGAAUUCAAAAUCAAAAUCAAAGAGCAAUACGAUUUAACAAUUCAGAAAUUGGAAGGAUUAGCUGACCGAUUCCGAAUGUGUUUGAACGAGCACAAUAAUCUUGAAAAACAGCUUACAAUCGCUGUGACCGAUGUUGAUAGAUGUUUGAAUCUGACAGGCGACGACUUCACCUAUCAAAGUCGGCAAUAUCUCAAUGAGUAUUACACAAAUCAACGUGCGAUUCUGAUCGAUUUACAGAAAUUAUCCGACCAUAAUCUUCUCUUAAUCUCAGAUGCAAAAGCAACGGAGUACUUUCAAGAGCGGUAUAAUCAUUUGAAAGAACUGCAUUUGAAUUUCGAACAAAAGGUUCAACAUUUACGCGAACAUGUCAAUGUAUCGCUGUCAAUUAACGAAAAACUUGAUGAUAAUAUUCGACAAAUCAAACGAAAAUUAGUUCUCUAUGAAAAUGAUCUUCAUCGACUGAAAACCGAAGUACCAAGCACAGUUUCCGAUAAGCGUAUUCGCGCAGAAUCAGCUGUGACGGUUUUCAACGAUUUGGAGUUGAUGGAUUCCACAAUCACAGAAUUAAAUCGUGAUGCUGAAAAUACAUUAGAGACCUCAUCGGACAACUUGCGUAGUCUAAAUGAAAUCAAACUUCAACAUGAACAAAUGCUCAAUGAAUUCAAAGAACAAGUUCAAAAUACCAAUCUACACUUUAAUGAGCAUUUCAACUACGGCGAAAGUGCACGAACGUUACGAUCGUUCAUAACCGAUGUCACAACGGAAUUAUGCAAUUUGGAGAAGAAACCUAUUUCAAUGGUUGAAGAAACAAAAGAAUUCAUUGAAUCGAAAGUUUCUCAAGUUCAACAAUUAAAAGUUCGCUAUGAUGAAUUACAGUCGAUGCUUGAUCAUAUUAAAAAAUGUACCGCACCCGAUGGACUACAAAAGCUCUUAGACGAGAAUCAAUUUCUUUUCGAUGCAUUACAAUCACUAGAGAACCAACUAUCAACAAUUCAUUCAACAUGCCUGGAGAAACAGCAGCUUUGGAAUGAAUUUAAACAUCGAUUUGAUGCAGUUUGUUUGUCAUUUCAACAUUCAACUGAAAAGUACCAAAGAGACCAAGUAGAAUUGGAUGAACUAAAAGAUAUGCAGAAUGAAUUAAUUAACCUUCAGGAUCAUCUUGACGAACUUUUACGAGCAAAAGCGACGCGUUUCGGAGCUUCGACAUCAACAGAUACUUUGUUUUUCUUGGAUACAAACAUUGAACAUGAUUUAUUUCAAUUGCAAAACAAUUCUCGUCAUAAACUCGAUGAAGUCACUCAACAAAUCGAGCAGAUAACAGCUAGUAACCUCAAAUCCGAACGACUGAAACUUUUGGUGAAAUCCAUUGAAGAAGAUCUCGAUAUUCAUGAGAAAAACUUGCAUCUCAUUACUUACCAACGUCAAUUAGACGACGAAUCGAUCUUUGAUAAUCUCUCUCAAUUACUUCAACAAAUCGAGCAGAUUCAAAAUGAUUUGAUAAAAUCUUCCAAAACCAUCGCCCAACUUCCCGCAGAUCAUCCUGCUGAACUCCUAAACUCGAAACUUCAAAUCUUACAAAGCACUUCGAAUGAAGAAUUCAAUUAUAUCAAUCGUUGGAUCAACGACUAUAAAACUCUCACUCAAUUUUCACUAAGCUAUAGCGAAUUAAAAGAACAAGUUGACGAAUGUAUCAUAAACAUUUCUAUGUAUGCCGAUCAUCGUUCCCGAAUGGUUUCGCCUGAACUUGAACAUCGUUCUCCCACUGAACAACUCGUUCAGUUAAACAUCUAUCGGCUUCAAAUUCAAGAACAACUUGAUCUUGUCGAACAUCACCCAACAUCGUCAUCGAAAUUCCUUCAAGAACGUCUGGAACAACUACGUGAAGAUGUAAGAACAUUACAAGACGAAAUCGAGUCAAUUCUCGACAAAGAAACGGAAACCACAUCAAUACAACUGAAGGUCGAUCGAUUAAUUGAAACUCUACAAAACGAAGUUACUCGUCAACCAACAUUCUCUUCCAUUUUAACUGAUGAAUCAUUGGAAAUCUUUGAAAAUUUAUCACGAAAUUUCUGUCAAACUCUUCAGCAUUUCCAAAGCGAACUUGAAUCAACCAUUGAACAAUUCUCCGAUCAUGGUUUACUUCGUCAGUACACUCAGCAAUUGAAUCAAUUUCGCGAACAAAUUCAGAGUCUUCAAUCAGCUAAUCAACAGCAAAUCGAACAUCUUCGUCAGGGUCUGUCUGAAGAUAUAAUUCUACAAGGUAAAUUGAAUCAAGUCAUCGAAAAGUUGGAUCAUUGUGAAAAUCAGUUAACAAAUACAAUCAUGAUGAAAGAAGAUCAAUUAGAAGAGAAAUUAAAAGAAGUACAGACGAUGUUGGCACAGAUAGAAUCGAUAUUUGAUGAUUUAAAUAAUCAAUGUCAAAGGGUUGAACAAGAGUAUUUUCUACCAUCGCAUCAGACUCAAAUGAAAGAUAUUCAAUUUCGUAUGCAACGUGUUUUCCGACUCGUUCAAGAAACAUCCGGUUAUUUGAAUAAAUUUCAUGCGAAAAAAGAAGAACGUGAUGUUCUUCUUACUCAAUUAACAAAUUGGAUCGAAUCGAAACAAAAUUCUUUCUCAAAUCUUUUUCAAUCAAUCGACGAAAACGAUUCUCGUACUCUCGAACGCCAACUAACUGAAAUCCAGAACGAAUACGAGACCAUGUGUGAUGGUUACACACUUCUAAAAUCAAUCGAAAUGAUUCAAAAUGAACUACAAGCGAUCAAUACAGACGAAGACAGUCGAAUGGUAUCGAUGUUACUCGAAAGUUAUCAGGAACAAUUGAAAACGUGCGAUUCGACUUACAUCGAAACAAUAAGCACAUUGCGACGAAUACAAAUGGAUGUGAAUAAGUUUCAGGAUAAUUGUCAAGAGAUUGAAUAUCAAAUACGAGAGCAACGAGGACUAUUCGAACAAUUACUCGAGAAUAAUCAGAACAUUUUAUUGGAUCAUCUAAAUCAACAGAUUCAACUUUUGAAAACAUUACGUAAAGAUGUAGAGACCAAAACAGAUCCGAUGGUUGAAACAUUGAGAGAAAUGAAGAAAGAAACACAGAUGAAUGAUGUGCAAAUCGAACGAUUAACAAAUGAAAGUAAUCAGUUGAAAACCAAUAUUUCCAACGAAAUCAACCAACGAGAAUCACUACAAUCUCUUUACACUCAAUUUAUAAAUGAAAUGAUACAAACAGAUAAUAAUGCUCGUUCUCUUUCUCAACGCCCUGAUCCGUCACUUUCCAAUGAAGAUUAUCAACAAACUAAACAAUCAGCAGAACUGAUUUCAACAUCUUUUCAUAGAACAUCAUCAAUGGGUGAUCGUUUACUUGAAGAUUACUCACAAUAUAUUCAAGUCUGUCAAUCGAUUCGAGCAGCACUUGCAUCAAACGAACAAAAUCGUCAGACAUUCGAAGCUGCCAUGAUCGAAAUCGACAAAAUCUAUUCAGCUGCUGUGGAGAUGCGACAGGAACAAGAGAAAAUGAUCGAAAAUCUCCAAAGACAAGUAAUCAAUCUAGAACAAGCUGUAAAUCAAACAGCCGAAUUAGAUGAUUUACAAACCUUGGAUCAAACAUACGAAGAAAUGAGUGGCCAUCUCGAAACGGUUCGUCAACAACUCAAUUCUCUCGUAUCACAAGUUGAUCAUCGACAAGUAUCUGCUAUCAAUGACAUUCAAGAACAUUUACAAACUGUAUACAGCCGAAACCAACAACAUCGCGAUACUCUCCGUCCAAUUCUCCUAGAAAAACAAACUCUAAAUGACUUGCUUGAAUCUUCGUUAACGUGGCUUCUCGAUCUCAUGAAACAUUUGAGUUCUAUGUCUGUCGAGCCAAUCUCCAUCCAAUACGAUCAAACUCUGAACCGAUUAAAAGAUAUGUUCAAUGAGGUCCAAGUUAAAUUCUCCGAAAUUCAACAAAUUAAUUUAAUGCGAGCGAAUGAUUCAUCAUUCGAACAGAAUUAUCUGCAACUACUCACACAUUUUGAAAACACUCGGGAGAAUAUAACUCAUUUGAUAAGCGAUCGCGAGCAAAUACAAACAUCUGCGCAAACUGUUGAUCGAACUGUUUCAAUCAUCAAUCAGAAUGUUAAGUCGAUUCGAACAAAUCUUGAGCAUUAUCGAUUAUCGAACGAGAAUCCUGACGAAUUUCAAAAUUUAUCGGAAACAUUAAAUCAUGAAGAAACACAGCUGAAACUCUGUUCCGAUGCGUUGAAUGAACUUCAAUCGAAUCUAAAUGACAGCGAUCGAAAUGAGUAUACCAAUCACAUUCGAUCCGUUGAACAUCAAAUCGCCGAUGUGAAGCAACGUUUACUUGACAUCCAGCAGAUUACAAUUGAAAACCAAACAAAAUACAAGCAUUUCGAGGAAAAUCUUCAAGGAUUCAAAAUCAACAUUGAUACAUUCAAACAAACAUUAGGAACGCGUCUGAUGGAGAUAACGAUCGACGAUAUACGAAGUCUCGACAACUUGAAUCGAGAGAUUCAGAGUGAAGAGACGAAUUUGAUCGCCAUACGCGGUAAAUACAAAUUAUUAGCACCUGAUUUGAAUAAUCAACAGCGAGAAGAAGUCGAAAAUGUUAUCAAUAAGAUCGAAACGGAACUCGAACAAUUACAACAUCAAUUUGUGACGCGAAAAGACCGUUUGAAUACAUUGAAACAUCAACGACAAGAAUUAGACCAAGCUUGUCAACGUUUAAACUUCUGGCACGAAGAUAAACAACGUUCAAUCGCACCCGAUCAGAUGAUUCCAUUGAAAACAAGUGAAAUCGAACGUCUACAAAAGAAGUUCAAUGAUACUCUAAAUGAAUUGAAAUUCCAACGAAUUACAUUCGAAAACGUUGUUAAACUAAGUGAAGACGUUAAACAAGGCUAUUUACACGAAGGUCAAACAGAUGUUAAUCUUCAAAUGGACGAUUUACAACGUAAAUUGAACACUUUAGAAGAAUCUAUUCACCAACGUCAGCGACAAUUGAACGGUGCGAAUGAACAAAGACGAGAACUUGAACGAAUGAUGAAUCAAUUCAAUGACUGGAUUAAAACUACCGAACAACAAGCAAAAGAUCAUCUGACGAAUGAUCUUCAACAGACAACGAUGGGUCUCAAAGAUAAAUAUCGAAACAUACAGUUGUUGUUACAAUCUGCGCGAGAUCGUACGAAUGAAUUCGAUGAUUUAACGCGUGUUUAUACGGUUGUAUCUUCAACAUUGAAUGAAACGGAUCGGAUGACGUUAGACGAGAAAUAUACUGUUCUAAAAGAUAAAUACAAUCGUUUAUUCGAUCAUUUAACCGAACGCCUCAAUCUUCUCGAUGAAGCCAAUCAGGAACGCAGUGAAUUCGAUACUCAAAUCGAACAAAUUCAAAACUUCUACGAUCAACUACGAACCGAUUUUCUCCAACUUAAACAACAAUCAUCUCCAACAGAAACUACUCAUCACGCGGAACUCCCAUCCAAUGACAGACGUUUAGAACAAUUCAAACAAUUACUAAAACGUCUUGAUGAGAUCGCCAACCGUCUAAAAGAAGCAACUCGUAUCCAACGUUUAUUAACUAGCAAAGGACAUCGUAUUCAUUCUCGUACCAGUGGUGAAUUGAAUACAAAUAUCAGAAAUCUGGAUGAGCAAAUUCAUACUGAAAUCGAACGAGUUGAGAAAGCUUUACAAACAGAAAAGGAUUUUCAUCAUACACAGAAUGAACUUGAAACAUAUCUACAGAUAUCAUCUGAACAAUUGAAAUCCGCUCAACAACAUCGAGAUAAACAUAUCUCGUAUCAAAAUGUAUUCGAUCGUUUACAACAAGGCGAACACGAACUGAAUAAAUUAAGUCAAUUAGCAGAACGUCUGAAAAAUGAUCUACCACGUUCUCAAUAUGAACAAUUUCAACAGGUAAUUCAUCAACAUCAAGAACAGUUUCAAUCAUUGCAAAAAUCUUACCAACAAGCACGUGAUGAACAUGAACAGAUGGUUAAAACACAAAAUAAAUUCAAUGAAGAAGUUAUCUCUAUCAAUGAUUGGCUCAAACGACUCAUUCAGGAAUUGUCUCAACCAAUCGACCUGAAUUUAUCGUUGAAUAACGUUCACGAAAUGCAAACUUCGAUUUCACAACUUGAUGCUUCGAUUGAUCAACGUUUAACACAACUUAAUGAAUCGUAUCACGACGGAUCGAAUCUAAUGAAUUCGGGAGAGAAAGAAAUUCGUGGAAGAUUAAACACUCUCGAAGAACUGAAACACCAAUUCAAAAGCCAUGUUAAUAAACGUCGAGAGAUUCUAAACGAAACUGAACAACAUAUGAAUCACUACAUUAAACUGACUACCGAUGUAAAAACUGUCAUUUGUAACGCGGAUUUUAAACUCGCACCGUUUUUCGAUGGAUACGAUCGGAACCGAUUGGACGAACAUGAACGAGAACUGAAUACACUGGAACAACUGUGCAACGAACAGAUGACUCGAUUAGUCGAAGCCCAUCGAUUACUGGAUAUGUUUCGAUCAUAUUUGAGAAAUAGUGCGAAAGAUUUAUGCGAUAAUCAAUUGAGAAAUUUUCAUCAGACUGUGGAAGAUCUUGAAACUCGUAUUCGACAACGGCGUAAAGAAUUAGAUGAUAUUCGGCAGAAAUCAAACCGAUUCAAUUCAAGCAUCGCUCAUCUACAAUCGAAUACUGGUCUACUUUUACAUAUGAUCGAAAAAGCACCAGAUAAUGCAGACACACUCGUGUCGGAAAUCGAUUCGACGUUUUCAGCAUUGCAAUAUCUUGGCAGAGAUUUGAAGAAAUCAUUAGAUAUCUCAAGUUCGACGGAUAUCGAUCGAGAAUUGAAGGACAUGGCCAGUUCAGUUGAAAGCGUUCGCGAUAGUCUCGAUCGCGCAAAGAAAUCCUAUGAAGAAAAUGAAGCUAUUCGUGAACGUAUCGAGAAACUGCUGAAUGGUAUCAAAAGUUUUAUUCAUAGAAAACGACUGGAAUUAAAUCAAAGCACUGACAGUGCAUAUGCUAGUAUUGAUCUAUCGAGACGAUCAGUUGAAAUCAAGAGUUUUAUCAGAGAUAUUGAUUUGGAAACAAGUCAUCUGUCCGAAGUCACGGAAUUAAUAUCAACUUUAGGUGAGAGAAGAUGUGACCAGCAAAUUAUUCGUGCAGUGGAAAAGAAACAUCAGGAUAUUCUGAACGAUCUUCAAGGUUUAAAAAAUGAAACUUCAACAGCAAUUCAGAAUCUCGAUGUGCAGAUUCAACAAGAAGAUAAACUCCGUCAACAUGCUCGUUCAGUUUUAUCGAUCAUUCAACACACAAAGGUUCAAUUGAUAGAAUUACAUCCAACAGUCAACCACGAAGCUGAUGACAAACUUCAAGACAUUUCCAAUGAUCUCACCGCCAAUUUUCAAUUAUUCGAACAAACAUUAGAUGAUUACCGUCAUAAUUACGGCAAUAUCUCCGAUGAUAUAGACAAGCUGAUUGCACGUGUUUUUGAAGAUAUGACUGAAACACGAACUCGUCUUGACGAAAAACAUGCAGAACUGGAAACCUAUAAUGUAACUCGUGAAGAAUACGACACAAUAGUUGAAGACAUCACUAGAAUCAUUCAAACGAUGGAAAAUAAAUCGAAGCGAAAACAUGAAAACGAUCUCCAACAGAAUCUGAACCUCUUCAAAGAUCUCGCGAACGAAAUGCAAAUUCAUCGUUCAUUAAUCGAUCGUUUGCAAUUACUUUCUUCCAACCUAUCCUCACAACUGACAGACUCGAAUGAGCGCGAAUGUAUUCGACGUCGUCUGAAUGAAAUCACACAUCGAUGGACAGAACUCGAACAAGAUAUUCUCAAUGAAGAAGAGACGAUGGAAGAAGUGAAAAAUCUUUCCGAAUUGUUUCACAACAAUAGUACCACUUGCGAACGAUGGAUGAAACAAGCUCAAGAUCUCAUUCAACAAUUGAUUCAAGCUCGAAAUGUCGAAAUCUUCGAGCAAUUGAUACCGAAAGGGAAGAAUGUGUUUUUCGAAUAUCAAACAUUGUUUGAACAAAUACAAAGACUGAGAAAUCGUUUGAAUCGAGUAGUUCAAACAAACAAAACACCUGAAGCAACGCAAAAAUUGAAUGAAAUCGAUCGACUCCUGGCUGAUUUAACACGAACACGUGAAAACCUCGAACAACGCCUCGACCUCAGUCAGAAAAUUCACUUACAAUUAAGUGAAUUUAAUAAUCAAUUUCUCUUUUAUGAACAAUGGUUUGACAAUAUCCAACGAACUUAUCAAACACUUACCGAACAAACAUUGACCAUCAAUGAAAAACUACAACGAUAUCAUGAUAUUCAACUAGAAUUGGAUAAACGAAAACAAGUCCUCAGUACAUUGACACAUGAUUAUCCACAAAUUGCACAAGAGAUCACUCCUGCUGUUCAACAAUUGAUUGCAGAUAUUGAACGAUUAAAGGAAACUAUAACUCGAAAACAAGAAGAAUACGAAAAUCAGAAUCAUCAACAAAAGCAGUAUCGCAUUCAGAUCGAGAUUUUAUUCGAAUGGCUCAAAGAUACACAUCGCUACGAACCACUCAGUGAUAAACGUGAUGCAGAUUCUCUUCAACGAGAACAUAAACGUUUAAUGAGCAAUCGUCAACAGAUUGAUAUUAAAUUAAACGACAUCGAUGUUUUACUACAAAAUCUCCAUAGUUCGAAUCUACCGAAUGAUUCACUGCAACGAUUACGACAGGAAGUUGAACAUAUGAAAGAACGUUUUACCGAAUCCAUCACAGAACUUGAUACUCGGUCAUCUUUUAUCAAGAAAACAAUCAACGACGUAGAAGAACAACAACGUAAACAACGCAGUUACCAGCAAUCAUUGAAUGAUCUUAGUUCACUUGUACAGCAUGAUCAACCUGCACCGGAACGAUCGAUCGAAGAUGCAUUGAAAUCUCUUGAUGAACAAAUGCUCAAGUUCGAACAUGAAAACGAGGAACGCGAACGACGUAAACGUCAACGUGAACGUGAAUGGCAUUUGUUCAUGGAUGAAAUCAACCUUUUAGAAGAGAAGUUGAAUGCAUUUAAGCAACGAAAAGUCAAUGGAAAAGAUUCAAUCGAAGAGCAAUUGCAUUUCAUACGAAAUCAAGAUCGAGAAUUGGAUCAAUAUCAAGAAGAUUUAUCUCAAUUAAAACAGUACGGACAGACGAUGUGUAUCGAAGAUGGUAAUUCCAUGCCACUACCAUCGGAAAUUCAUCUCUUACAAUCGAUGAUAACUUUCCUGAAAGAUCAAUUUGAACAACGUCGUCAAUCGUUAGUUCAAGCCGAACGUUGUCGCGAUAUCUAUCUCAACGAAUGUAAAUUAUACGAAGACACGUGCAAUUCCACCAUGGAGCGUUUGAAUCGUUCCAUUCAAACUGCAUCGUCAAGUGAACAGUAUGCUCGUCAACUAACCGAACAUAAGACUCAAAAUGAACGAAUUGAUGAAAAACGUCGCCAUAUAAAUCAAUUAUAUGAUCAGUUAGAUCAAAGUACACGUACACGUUAUUCAAAACAACAUUAUGAUUUGGAAAAACGUUCGAAUGAGUUACAAGAUAAAAUUAUUCAACAAAUAAUACACUCGGAACAUUUAUUGCGCAUGUGGAAAGAAUAUGAAAUGAGAUUAGAAGAUGUGAGACAUCAAACUAAUGAAAUUCAAAACCAGUUGAAAUCCACACAACGAUUAUGGACUUUUGAACAAAUACAAACUGCUUUUACACUCUAUAAAGGUUUAAAACAACGUUUGGUUACCACUGAAUCAGAAUUAUUACAUUUAAGCGAUGAAAUCGAAACUCUUUGCAAAGAAUUGAAUGUCACUUCCUUACAAAAUGACAUUGUUCAUUUAAAAGACGUUUUUACGAAAAUGUCUACUGAGAUUCGAGAAAACUUCGACAGUCACAAGAGUGCGAUAAUGAUUGAAAACGAUAUCAAACACAACUUGGAGAAUCUCGAAGAAACACUCAAUCAAUGUUCGAUUGAUUCUCAAGCGAAGCUCGAUGGAAAUGCAACUGAAAUGAAAGCUCAACUCGACAAAAUGACGGAUGUGGAAAAACGUCUUGAAAACAUCGCGGAUGUCUAUUCCAACACAAAUUCUCUCGUCAAACGCUUGAAAACAUACCAUCUGUACGAUCUACAAUCAAUCGAACAAAUCUUAGAAAACUUUCAUCAGAAAUGGGCAACAAUGAAGACGAAUGUUGUACGAAAUGAGAAUAUUCUUCAUGAAAAUAUCCUAAACAGUUUGCCAUCGCGACAAGCUUGUAAAGAAAUUCUGGCGUUUAUGGAAAUGAUCAAACGUUCGUUAGAUGAAGAUCAUGGUGUACCUGUGAAUAAUAAAGAAAUUGCACAAAAACUACUUAAGCGUUAUCGAGAUAUGCGUGUGGAUGUCCUCAACCAUCAGAAAAUUGUUGAUUAUUUGAAUGAAUCGUUUCAGCAAGAAGCAGACAUAGAUCAUAUGGAAACGAUAAAACAAAUGAAUAUUGAUUGGAUUAGAAUAAAAUCAUUAAUUUCAUCUCGUAUUGAUACUUUGGAACAAUUGAACGAUCAAUUCUAUGAAUUUGACCAAUCAAUUCGUACUUUAUCUGAUUGGCUUCAUGAGCAAACAUCUGACAUUGAAUUUAUGCGUUCCCGUCACCUGGAAGCUGGUGUUAAAGAUAAUCUCCGAAGAUGCAAUGAACUCGAAUAUCAACUAACAUCCAAACAACAGAUCUUAAUUUCAUUAAAAUCUUAUUCACAUCGAAUGUCAUCUUCAUCGGCAACAUUUCAUAUCUCUGAUCAAGAUGGUAUGAUCCAAAAUCUACGUCACAUGCUCGAUCAUUUAUCACCAGCGAUUGAGCAAUUGAAAGUGAAAUCAAAAACUAUCCUAUCGGAAUGGCAAGAAUAUAAUCGAGUUUUGCUUCAAAUGGAAAAAAUCUUACGCGAAGCUGAAACGGAAAUCGAUCGUGUCGAAGCCAAUGCUGUGAACGUGGAAACGUAUGAAAUGUGUACAAGAAAAGCACAGGAACAUUUGAAAAUCAUGGAAAUGCGUCGAUACGAACUCGAGCAAAUCAUCUCACAAAGCCAUCAAUUGUCGAGCCACUGUGAUGAGGAAACGUCAUUGAAAAUCAAUACAAUCACGCAACGUAUUCAACAACAAUGGACUACAGUAGAACAACGUUUGCAAGGAAUUAUCAGACCAUCACGAGAAAUUGUUGAUGAUUGGAGACAAUUCAAUACUUCAUAUGUGAACUUACUCGAUCGAUUGAGUGAACUGGAAGAUAGAUGGUACACCAUUCAACGAGAAAAACUCACGUUCGAUAUACAAACACUUGUAGACAAAAUCAAAGAUUUUCAACAACGCUUACAACAAUUGGAUACGGAAAUCACAAAAUUACAUCAGCGUUCUCAGAAUUUAUCCACUCAACUACCUCCGAUCGCUGCGAAGAAAAUCGAUACUCAAUAUUCUGUUAUCAAGCAUCAAUAUACCGAACUAUGCUCAUUUAAGGACAAACUUCUCUUGGAUUGCAAUGAACUAAAACAACGUGAAAAAGUCUACGUCGAAUAUAUCAAUGAAUUAACGCAAGCGAUCAGUCAAAGUCAAACAACACUAAAUUCGCAACAAAUCAAUGAGGAAAAUGAAACUAACAAUUUAAAACAACUUCACGAAAUUCUCCAUCUGCUACAAUCCAAGCGUCAUUUAAUCGAACGAUUAAACUCAAAUGAGUUCAUUCCGUAUUUCAAACGAGCUAAACAAUUCCACGAAGUGACUAACGAGUAUUCUCGUUCGAUCGAAUCAAUUAAAAAUCGAAUAAAACAACUCGAAAGUAAUCAAUACAAUAAGCUUAAUUUCGAUAAACGCUGCCAGAAAUGGAAUGAAUAUGUCCAAGCGAUGGAACAAAAUCUCUCGAUCAUCGAACAAAAUAUGCGUACAAAUUAUCAAGGUUUAAUCGAAAUCGAUAUGAACUUAUCGAACAAAAUCAACGAUUUCAAUCAACGUCAGCAAGAAUUACUUCAAUUGAUCAGCGAAGGCAAGAAACUAAUUGAAGAAAACUUGAUUGUUGAUCAACAUACAUUUACUAAACUUGAACAACGUUGGCAAACGAUAACAAAAAGUGCAUUGGCCAAACAUCAGGAAGUGAAAAAUGUGAUCAAAUUGUGGAUAUCUUAUCAAAAUUCGUUGGAUCAUUAUUAUCGUUUAUUGAAAGCUAAAUACGAACGUGAACAAGAACAACUACAAACACCAAACGUUCAUUUUAUCGAACAGAUCAAACAAGGAGUAUACUCAAGUGAACUUCAAAACGAAGAAUUGAAAGAUUUAUUGAACAAAAUCUAUGAUAUCAAUCGAAAACUAAUCAGCCAUUCGGAUGCGAAAACUCAACUUGUCUUAGAAACAGAAUGGAAUGAUUUACAAAAAUGCGCUAAGGAAAUGACGGCAAAUAUUCAACAACGAUCAGAUACAUUAUUAGCACAUCGAAAAUAUCCGCCACAGGAGAAGUUACUUCUUCGUUACAAUGAAGUCGAUCGAACAUUGGACAAUCUGACUGUUUGGAUCAAAUCUAUUCGAGCUCUUCAAGAACAGCAACUUCCAACGGAUGAACUCGAGCAAUUCAUUCUGCAAUGUCAAAAUAAAGAUCAUGAACUCACUCAAAAUCGAUAUGAAUUACAACGUGCACGACAGACAAUCACCGAAUUGUCUCCACAAUUACAUCCUGAUGAUACUCGUCAGUUGAUGCAAAAAUUGAAUCUGUUGGACAUUCAAUGGAGUGAUACUGAACGUAUUCUAACGAUGCUGAUCGAUGGUGCUACGAAGAAACGGUCGGAAUUUCAUGAUUUUGAACAGAAAUAUAAACGAGUUCAUGAAUGGUUUGAUAAUUUCCUCAAUCAUGAAAUGAACUAUCGUAUCGAUGGUUUAACACUUGAAGCUAGUCUGGAUAUUUUGACAAACGAAAUUCGAAAUCUGAUCGGCGAUAAACGACGACAUGUCAAUGAUUUAAUUGCAGCAGCGCGUGUUCUACAAGCUUACUCGACGGAUCAAACACGAGUACAGACAAUGAAACAACAAAUCGAGCAAUUAGAACAUAUGCUGAAAAAAACCGAAGAACAACUGGGCAGAAGAAUCAAGAAGACGGAAGGGACGUUGAAAAUUUUUCAUGAUUUCGAACAUCACUUAGAGAAUUUACGUACGUGGAUGGAUACUACGGAAGCACAUCUACAGAAGCCAUUCUCAGCUGCGACUUGCAAAAGAAAUGAAUUACAAAAUUACCAACAAACCGUCACCACAAUCGAAGCCGAGAUUGAGAAUCGUGGUUCUCUUCUGACUAACGUCCUUGCUCUCGGACAGACUUUAUUGAAUGAAAGUGAAUGUCGCCCAAGAAAUGUCGAGUCGAUUCCCCGUACACUCGAAUCCAUUGAACAGCGUUGGAAAGCUUUGAAAGAUUUGCUGAAAAAACGAAAACUUGAAUUGGAGAACGUCGAUCUGUCAUGGCGAGAUAUUGACGAUGGAGUUAAACGUGUUGUGAAAAUGAUAAUCGAUCAUGAGAAGUUCCUUGUCGACCUUCGGCGAACAAGUGCACAAGAUCUACAAGGAAUGCGAACUGAAUAUAAAACUUUAGAGAAUUUCAAACGAACUUUGGAAGAUGAUGAAAAAGAUCUUCAACAACUCAAAACCAACUAUGCAGAAAUCGUACGAGAAAAUUCAUCCACUGACACAUCAGGAGAGAUCCGAGCAAAACUCAAAGAACUCGAUAAACGUUGGGAAUCACUAAUCAACACUGUCAACGAAAUGACAAAAAAUCUUAAAUACAUGUUAAGUGUGCAUGGUGAUUUUCAAUUAACACAAGACACACUGACAUUAUGGUUAACUGAUCUUGAUGUUGUUUUAACAAAUCUCGAGCAUUUAUCUGAAGCACCAUCGAACGAAAAGAUUAGACAAUUAGAUGAAAUGGAGAAUGAGAUUCGAGAAAAACAAAGCAAAAUUGAACAUGUUCGAACAUGUGCCAAUUAUUUGUUGAGUAAAACGGCUGAUGCGAAGGGUUUAACAGUUAAUAUGAAUGAAUUAACGAAAUUUUGUCAACAAUUAGAUGACUUAAGAAAACGUAUCAAUAAACUUAAAAAGAAACUGAUGAAACCUGCUGAUGAUUCUUUGGAUAUCAUUGUUCCAACUCAUGUUGGAUCAAAACGUGUCGCAUCUCCGUCAUCGCCAAGAACUCGAUCCCCACAACGUUACCUUCGCUCACGAGAUCGAUUUUUGCGUUCAUAUCAUCAGAUCGAAUGGGGAGAUCAAUAUCAACGUGCUCAACAACUAUUCUCCGAUUUCGAAGAUAUUCUUUUACAGAUAAACGGAGAUUUUCUUGCUAAAGAGGAUACGAUUCGUUCGGAAAUUGCACGUGGUAUUCAUCUUGAAAAUGUUUCUCAUGAUUUCACCUAUACUCGAAUAUUGACAACGACACGACGAAAGAUUGAAGCAUUACGUGACAUCAUCAAACUCAUUCAAACUGAAUUAAGUCCCUUGUUGGUUGAUGACCUCAACAAUGAUCCCGUCGUGAUCGAUAUCAUGGAGAAAUGGAACCGUUUGCAAAUAUUGGCACGUGAAAAAGACGGACUUUUAAAAGAAAAUCGUAAACAAUGGAAAGGUUUCAAACGUCAACUCGAAGAUCUUGAAUUAGCUAUCCAAGAAUUUACAUCUUUGAACCAUGCUGUACCGCAAACAGUUUACUCCAGAGCAGAUAUUCAUCGUACUCAAGUCCAGCGAUUAGAUGAUUUACAAUCGCUACUACAAGCUGUGAGAAACGCAGCGAAUCAAUUCAACGAUGAUACAAGUGAAUGGUUACUUAUCGAACACCGCCUUCAAUCCAUACAGGACAGUUUCAAUUUCCUAUUCGUCAAAUCCAAUCGCGAACAUCGAGAAAUCAAAACAACUCUCGUUCAAGCUGAGGACGUCAAGCAAGAAAUAAAAGACAUCAGCUGUCAAUUAGAUCGUCUCGAAUCAUUGAAUAAAUCUUUAGAACCAGUUGACGAAACAGAUUUACACACGAAUACAAAUCGUACAAAACUUCAUCGUUUCCUUCGUAUACAAGAUGAUUUGAACUUACUCAAUGAACGUUUGGUACACGUUAGUGAACGUUCAUUGCAUCUUCUCUCUGGUGAUCAUCUACGCAUGAGAAAUGAUUUCAAACUUGUCUCUGAACGUUUGAAUUCAAUGAAACGAAUUGUGAAAAUUUACCUCGAACGUAUGGAAAAAAUUCUCGCCAAAGUUGAAGUUCAGGAAACUUUCUCCUUAGCCAAUCUUCCUGCACUUCGCUCAUCGAAUAGCAAUCUUUACGUGAAGAAAAAAUCGAAAUGA